AUGAUUGAGGGUGAUUGCAAUAGUCUGUCCGUUAAGGAUUACUCGGAUGAUGGCAAUGAUAUGUACGGAAAAAAAGAAACUCUGAUAGCACCAACAAACCCUUGUCCGAGACCGAGUGGCAAUACUCUGUACGGGAUAGACCACUCGGAUAAUAGCAAUACUCUGUACGGGAUAGACCACUGGGAUAAUGGCAAUACUCUGUACGGGAUAGACCACUCGGAUAAUGGCAAUACUCUGUCCGGGAUAGACCACUCGGAUAAUGGCAAUACUCUGUCCGGGAUAGACCACUCGGAUAAUGGCUAUACUCUGUACGGGAUAGACCACUCGGAUAAUGGCUAUACUCUGUACGGGAUAGACCACUCGGAUAAUGGCAAUACUCUGUCCGGGAUAGACCACUCGGAUAAUGGCUAUACUCUGUACUGGAUAGACCACUCGGAUAAUGGCAAUACUCUGUACGGGAUAGACCACUAG